AAUCGAACCAAGGGUCAUUGAGGCCCAAGAACGACGAGAGAGGUUCGACGGAAACAACACGGACGCCCAACGAUGCGGGUGACCGAAAACACACAGAGGCGGGAGGCAACGACCACAACUCCCCUAAGUAGGUACUGGAAGUUCGUGCGUACGGCACAAAACCCGGAACCGAAAAAACCUUUCGGUGUGCCCUUCCCGUACGUACCACCAGAUGGUUAGUACUGUACUGUAGCACACUGCAAGUACGGUGACACAUGCUCGAACGGAGGCACCACGCCGGAGAACAAAAACAAAAACACACGCCAAAACAACCGUACCGUACGGUAGUACUCGUACGUAACCGCACGUUACUCUUUCCUACCGUGCGUCACGCCGGUUGUGAAAAAACAGAACGAUCGACAAAAGAACGCUCUGUUUUGGAGAAAUCUGGCAGGCUUCGACAAGCCAUAGUUGCAAACCAAAAGCAAUCGCAAACAAGUGUUUACGGCAGAGGAGAACCACAAACGAAUCCAAUCCAGCAUCGAACAAGCACACCCUGCUCCGAGCGUCUUCGAACCCACAACCACCCCACCGGAGCAACAGCAAAAGCAACAGCAACAGCAAUUCAGACAGCGACCGACCGCUUGUUCUGCAAAAGCAAGCAAAAACCACAGACCCUCUCCCUCUCUCUUUCGCGUGGCACCACCGGCAGCGUCGCUCGGUUUGGUUUCUUUGUUUCCACCAUGGACAUGUCGGAGCUCCGUUCCGCCAUGAAGCAGCGGCAGGACAAGCUCUUUGCCAAGUCCCAUCCCGAGCCACGGACCCGAACGCCCCGAACGAUCAGCCAGCGCAAAACCGUGGCACCCUCGGAGGGCCGCAGGCCCAAGCCGAAGCCCGGCCCCCGGGCCCGGCCCGAGACCCGGCCCUCUCCGGCGAGGGGCGAGGCCACGCGGGCGGCCGCCGCGGCGAUCGAGGCCCGGAUGGCCGGCGGGAGGCCCAAGCCACAGCCGCCGAAGCCACAGCCGCCGAAGCAGUGGCCACCGAAGCAGCGGCCUCCCCGCAAGACCUUCGAGAGCCGACCGCCACAGGCCCCGGCUCCCGGUUCCGAACGACCACGCCCCUUGGCGAGAGCCUGGCCACCGGUGACGGGCACGGCGGCACCGGAACCAACGAACGCGGGCCCCCUGUCGCCCGAGGAAGAAAGCCUCGCGGCCCCGUACCGCAAGAUGCGAAAGAUGAGGAUGCCGGAGGGAGCCAUCCGGCACAAGAUGGCGGUCGACGGGGUCUCGGCCAGGAUCCAGGAGGCGGUCCUGUCGGGGGAGCCGGAGGCCGCCACUCCUGCGGGUCCUCCUCCCGCGGCCCCCCAAGGGGAAUCCCCGGUCUCGCAGCUGCUCCCGGAGGAAGAAGCCCUGGCGGCGCCCUACCGCAAGCUCCUCAAGAUGAAAAUGCCCGAGGGGGCCGUUCGGCACAAGAUGGCGAGGGACGGCGUGCCGGCCAUGAUCCAGGAGGCGGUCUUGAGCGGGGGGUCCCCGGCUCCUCCGCCUUCCCUGCCGCCGCCAUCGUCGUCGCCUUCCGCCGCGGCGAGGGUUUCGUCCCUGUCGGAGGAGGACGAGGCCCUGGCCACCCCGUACCGCAAGAUGAUCAAGAUGAAGAUGCCCGAGGGCGCGGUCCGGCACAAAAUGGCGAGGGACGGGGUCCCGGAGCACGUCGUGGUAUCGGUGGUCAGGGGAGAAGUCCCUUUGGACCGCGGAGCAAGCGGUGGGCCGUCCCUUCCGACGCCGACGCCGCCGGCGGCAAAUCCGCUGGCGGCCAUGAUUGCCUCGUCGGGCGGGAUCGGAUCCCUCAAGAAAACACCCCAACCUGCAUCGAAACCGCCGCAGCGGGAAGCCCCUGCCGGGGUGCCCUCGAACCCCCUCUUGGCGGCCAUUGCCGCGUCGGGGGGGAGGGGGGCCCUGAAACCGGCGAGGCCCGUCGAGCCAGAGACUCCCGCGCCGGCUCCUUCGAGCGGCAACAGCGUCAUGGACGAGCUCCGCGCCAAAGGCUUUGGGUCCAGCCUCCGGAAAGGGGGCCAGCCCUUGCCCCCACCCCCCGCUGCUGCGGACGCGGACGGAAACCACGGGGUCGUCCGCUUCCGGGGCGACGAGAAACCAUCCACGGAGAAGGAGGCCCCGCCGCCGCCGCCGCUGCAGCCGCAACACCCACCCCAGUUCGAAUCCGGUGCCCCCGCUACGGGCACGCCAGCCGAAUCCGGCGCCGGACCCAUUUCCUCCGGUCCCGGGGCACCGCCGGCAGCCGCCCCGGACGAGGGCCGUACCGGGGGCAAUGACAGGGGCAGGUCCGUGUUUGGCUUCCGAACGCCUGGCGCCAAGAAGGGCCCGCCGAGGAAAACCGCCAAGCACAGCCGGGCCAGCAAGGGCCUGCUCGGAGCCAUGGGGGACAACGACGACGGCGGGGGUCCGAUCCAACCAUCCCCACCGAGGCCGAGGCCGAGGCCGGCCAAGAUUCCCAACAGCCGGGCCAACAAGGCCGGCAACAAAGGCGGGAGGGGCGUGCUCGGGUUGAGAAAGCCCGGUGCCCAACCGGCCCCUCCUCCCCCGGCGCCGGCGCCGCGGGAACCGGAAGAGCCCGUGCCAAGCAGUGCCGCAGCCGGCAUCGGGGAAACGGCCAGGGGUACCAGGGAAACGAAAAAGGGAAGCAAGGGCUUGCUCCGCUUCAAGAAAUCCGCUGCGCCGCCGGGUCCUUCUCCACUGCCGAACGAGCCGGCCCCCGCCAGCGCGGAGUCUGGUCACGGUGCGGGCAAGGGCAAGGAAAAGAGCAGCAAGGGGUUGCUCGGGAUGAAGAAGUCCGGUGCCAAACAGCCUCCGUCUCCUCCGACACAAGAAGAGCCCGGUGCAGAACCCGGCCUCGGUGAAGCCGAUAAGGAAAAGGGCAACAAGGGCUACAAGGGCUUAAUGAAAUUCAAGAAAGCCGGUGCCAAGCUGCCUCCUUCACCCCCGACACAAGAAGACCCGGCCCCGGUCAGCGCAGAAGCCGGUCAUGGCGAGGGCAGGGGCGAGGGCAAGGAGGGCAGCAAGGGCUUGCUCCGGUUCAUGAAAGCCGGUGCCAAACAGCCCCCUUCUCCUUCGACACAAGAAGACCCGGCGUCGGUCAGCGCAGAACCCGGCAAGGGCAAGGGGGCCAAGGGCUUGCUCAAAUUCAAGAAAUCCGGUGCCGACCAGCCUCCUUCUCCUCCGACACAGGAAGAGCCAGCUCCGGUCAGCCCAGAAUCCGGCCCCGGUGAAGCCAGCAAGAGCAAGGAGGGCAGCAAGGGCCUGCUCAAAUUCAUGAAAGCCGGUGCCAAACAGCCCCCUUCUCAUUCAUCACAGGAAGAGCCAGCCCCGGUCAGCCCAGAAUCCGGGAAAGAAAAGAGCGACAAGGGCAGCAAGGUCGGCAAGGGCUUGCUCAAAUUCAAGAAAUCCGGUGCCAAAGAGUCCCCUUCUUCUUCAGCACCGGAAGAGCCGGUCCCGGUCAGCCUAGAAUCCGGCAAAGAAAAGAGCGACAAGGGCAGCAAGGUCGGCAAGGGCUUGCUCAAAUUCAUGAAAGCCGGUGCCAAAGAGUCCCCUUCUUCUUCAGCACCGGAAGAGCCAGUCCCGGUCAGCCCAGAAUCCGGCAAAGAAAAGAGCGACAAGGGCAGCAAGGUCGGCAAGGGCUUGCUCAAAUUCAAGAAAUCCGAUGCCAAACAGCCUCCCUCUCCUCCGACGCCGCUAGAGCCCACCCCGACCAACGCAGAAGCCGGCAAGGUAAAGGGAAAGGGCUUGCUUCGAUUCCUGGAUUCGAAAAAGGAGGAACCUCCAUCAGAGCCGCAAGAACCUGCGCCCAAAACAGGCGUGAAUCACAGUGAAGCAAGCAAGAGCAAGGGGUUGCUCCGAUUCCUCGAACCUCGAAAGGAGGAAUCUCCUUUGAAACCGGAAGAAAUUCCUACCAAAAAGGGUUCGAAUCACAGCGAACCGAGCAAGGGCAAGAGCUUGGGCCAAUUCCUGGAAUCUGGAAACAAUGAAGCUCCAUUGAAACCGAUAACGACGACGAACUCUACUCAUAGCCGAUCCACGCAGAGCCGAUCAAAUUACAGUAUUGGAAGCAAAAGUUCAUCUGGAGGCACCAAAGAAAGUGUUGAGGAGCUUCCAUCGAAGUCGCAAUAUCCUCCUCCCAAGUUAGGCUCAAAGAAUCCCAACUCUGGAGCCGGCGCACCAAAUUCGCCGUGGAAGCCAAAGUCCAGGGACGAUUCAGCCGAGAGGCCUCAUGCUUCCUUUCUUGCGAAUGCUGGAAAGCCAAGGAAGAGAAGCACCGGCACAGUUCCUGUUCUGGAAACGAUUCAGGCCGACAAACAGAAAACCAAUUUCGUGAAAUUCGCAGCUGAAACCAAUUUUGCGAAAUUCGCAGCUGCAACCAUAAGCGAGUCCGAUGGAGGAACCAAAAAACAACCCAACAGCAAAAAGGUGAGGAACUCGGAGAAUAAAAUCAUAAAAUCCAUCACGUUGGAUGACGGGGCGGAAAUGCAUUGCGUUUGCGCCAUUAUGUGAAUUCGGUUUGCAAUUCGAUUCGAUUGCAGUCAAUUCCAUUGCAUUAGUGAUGUCGUGCGCACAGGUGUGGCCUGGCAAAUCGAACGACUCAUUCGGGUACAAUGAACAGCACUCAAACCG